GGAAAACCUGUGGAAUGAGGAAAGAGGUCCAGGAUAGAACCCCAGAAGCACCAGUACUCAAGGUGGCAGCUCAGUUACUUGGCAUUCACCAGCACCUGGGCUUGAGGCUGGCAGAGCUGUCUUCAAAGUGGACUUUGGGGUCCAGGAGCUGAGCUUUCUUGGCAAAGUCGGGUACCUUCUCUGAUCAGCCAUCACACCUGGCAAUCUGAAAGAGAUGCUGUAGGAGGAUGCUCUGAAAUGCACCUGGGGGUUAAAAGGCACCUGAUUCUCCUUGACGACCCUCCUUUGCCACACACCCCCCACCUUUCAUCCUCUCAGCCCCUUGGGAAUGGGGUGGGGGGUGGCGAGCUCGGGUGACGCGCCGUUCACGUGACCUGCCGGGCGCCGACGUGGGCACCAGCCUGCCCGCCCUGCGGUCGGGUCCCGGCACCGGCGCCGAACCAGCUUCCCGGGCUGCACCAGUGGUGGACGAGCGGUAAGCGGGCUUCCGCGAGCCCGAGGCGACGCAGGCCUGUCCCGGAUCCCCGCAGGUCUCCGUGUCUGUUCCCAGCACUCUGCGAGGCCUGAGGAGGAGCAGCCUGUCCAGAAUCUCUGCAGUAAAAAGAGGGAAAAUCUCAACAUGGAGAAACCCUACAGUAAACAUGAAGAGAAACUGGAAAGCGAGGGAAAGCCAAAAGAGGAUGUAGAGCCUGAUGAUGAAGCAAAGUCAGACGUGGAAGAAAAGCCGGACGUGGAAGAGAAGCCAGAAUGUGAGGGAAAGCUCGAGGAUGAGGGAGAGCCAGAUGAGGAGGGACAAGAAGAUGAGGGAAAGCAAGGAAAGUCCGAAGAUGAGGGCAAACCACAAGGUGAGGGCAAGACAGAAUCCCAGUCAAAGCCUGAGACCCAGCCACGGGCCACCGAAAAGCGUCCAGCUGAAGAUUAUGUGCCCCGGAAAGCAAAAAGAAAAACGGACAGGGGGAGGACUGACGACUCUCCCAAGGACUGUCAGGAGGACUUACAGGAAAGGCAUUUGAGCAGUGAGGAGAUGAGAGAAUGUGGAGAUGCUUCAAGGGCCCAGGAGGAGCUAAGGAAAAAGCAGAAAAUGGGUGGUUUUCAUUGGAUGCAGAGAGAUGUACAGGAUUCAUUUGCCCCAAGGGGACAACGGGGUGUCAGGGGAGUGAGGGGUGGAGGUAGAGGCCAAAGGGGAUUACAUGAUAUUCCAUAUCUUUAAUGCCUUUGGCCUUCAAUUCUGAGUUCUCUGAUGAGAAUAUUGCCAGCCCUGCUUUCCCUGGUAGAUAUUUGCCAGGUCCUGUGCUUUAACCUUAAGCUGAUAAUUUGCUUUAGCUGUCACUCUCCUUACCAGCAGUCUUUUGACCAAAUUACAGCACUCUUUUAGUAUCGAAUUUUCAUUCAUGUGCAUGGAAAAAGUGUACAUUGUAAAGUAACAAUAAAAUUUGCAGAACC